GGGCCGAUUCACGUAACUUGACAGCAGAGACUCGUGGACGUUAACGACACGUAUACCGCUACAGCAUAAACUACAACAAACCAAACUGCUCAGCAGUGAACGUAUACUGCAGUCCAUUUCUCAAACUUUGUUUUCCAGAUCGAAACUAAUGUCAAAGAAAGUUCGUAGCUUUAUGUUAAACCGAACCCACGCCUGUUAGACAAGCUGGCUGAUCAAUUUUACCUGAUUGACCCUGUUGUGGACACGAUGACAGCAUUCGGAGGAUCCAACCGAACACCAGCUCAUUUUGCCUUAUUUGAUGCCAUAAAAAACAGGAGAUACAGACAAGCACUGCUUCUUGUUGAAGCAGGUGUCGAUGUCAACAGCCGGAAUGAACGUGGAGAAACCCCACUUAUCUGCACGUGCAGCCACGUGGAAGAAUGCAGAAACCGUACAAAGCUGGGGCGGCUUUUCUUGGACGCGGGUGCAGAUCCAAACAUGCAAGACUGGCAAGGUUUGACGGUGUUGAUGCACGCUUCGAUAAAAGGACAGACAGACAUGGUGUUACUCAUCCUAGAAAACAACAAGACAGAACCUGGGAUCUUAGAUAUGGACGGAAAUACAGCUUUGAUGUAUGCUGCCAUGCGUGGCCAUGGAAGCAUCAUCUCCAUCUUCACCAAUAUCUUUAAACAUCAACGGAAGGCCUUACACUUAGGCCAGAAGAACAUCCAGGGACUGACAGCCUUACAGUUGGCUUCUAAGAAUAAACAUGACGGGUGUGUAAGACUACUUACAAGAGAGGCACAGCAGUUUCCAAAUAGUUUGGUUGGUGAAUUUCCAGAUCCAAAAGAACUCGAAAGGGCACCCACACCAACGAAGAGGAAACACAAAGGUUUCAAAAUGUAUUUUUCGUCAUUAGAAGAAGGAAAAAUACACGAUAUGAUUCCAGAAAAUAAAACUGAUUUUUCUUCCUCAAUCACUGAUGACAUGACCAAGAAAGAAAAUGAGAAUAUUUCUGGAAUAAACUCACCCAGCGAUGUCUCCCAACUGCCACACAUAAAUACAACAUCUUCCACUGGGUCUUUGGGAUCUGGAAGUACUUUCUCCCUAUUCGAGCUUAGAAAAGACUUUCCUCCGAUUUCUAAAAUACAAUCCGAAAUAGAAAAAGAGAAAAAUACUGCAACAUCACUUGUAGAUGGAAUUCAGGGUGUAAUUAAAAGUGACCCAAAUCUCCAAGACCCAAUGACACAAGCUGAAUUGAUAACUGAACCUACAAACAUGUCAUCUGAACUAUCGUCUGAAAAAUGCUCCAUACUCCCUUUGUUAGCCUUCCAAUCUGUUACCCAACUUAACGGAUCCAUCACCAGCACGACCAGUGAUGCUUGGGACUGGGAUCUUGCUACACACAAAAGGUUCACUGAAAAAUACCGACUGGACACAGGCAGCCGAAGUCUAUCUGAAUCUCGAGGAAAACUCACAGACAACCUAGAAGCUGUGAAAGAAAAACUAUUCAACAGUUCCGACAAACUUCACGAAAUCCUACCGAAAGAUAGCACGUUGUCUAGUCUAGUGGGAGAAGCGGCCUCGAGCUCUUCAUCACAAGGAAAAUUGUCUGUGAAUGUUAACAUUCUAUCUCCUCUCCCUCCUGGACUGAAAGACGGAUUUCAUCUUCCUCCUAUUAGAAACACCCUAGAGCACUACAAGCGUGGAAAUUUAGCAUCUUUGGAUACCAGUGAACAAAGCCCAAUUAAAGAAGAGGAGGAACAGAGUAGAGUUUCUCAGUCCUCAAAAUCAGGGUUUACGCUAAAAGAAAUUAAAGUAUGAUCAAACUUGACCUCAAAGUAGAUUAAAUUUACAAUCAUGUUACUUUGUUGGAAAUAGCUUGUAUUCGAGAAACUUGAAAAGCAAAGCUACCUUGGGUUAUAUGUUGUGUCUGCCGAGAAGAAACGAACCCUAUAUUUUAGCGUUGUAAGUCAGUAAACUUACUGUUGUCCCACCAGGUGACCCAAGAAGUGACACUUGUAAAUUAUUUGAAAGCAUCAAGUGCGUAUUGCGUGACGACGACAAUAAAAUUACGCGACUUUCAUACCCAAUCAGUGAAUCAGAUUAAACUUUUACGUACCUGUGCAAAAAAAGAUUAAUGACAAUGCUUAAAGAUAGGCCUGUAAAUGAGAGAAGCCUGAUGAAUUUACUUAAUUUAAAUUUUAUUCGAGACUUUCGACAAUAUAAUAGCAUAUUUGCGGCCACAACACUGCUUAAGGUAAAACACAACUGAAUGUUGGCUGGUUUGUGUUGUCUCUUUCCGUUGUUUAGAAAUAAAGAUCCUAAAGUAGCAUCUUUAUCUCACACGAAAAAGUUUAUAAAUAUGGAUAAAGUAAAAUAGA